AUUCUGUGUGACCAGAUACUCUGAACGGCUCCCCGCUUUGCAGGCCUUACUCGGCAGAAGCCUGACCACGUGAGUUAUAGAUUCAUCAAUGCUGCGUAUCAAAGCGCGCAUUCUUCGAGGAGAUCGCUGCCAACGCCUGCCAUGUCAGAUUUAGCCUCUCUGUCUCUUUUCUGCGCUACGCCGGAGCAAGUGGUUGAAUCGCGGAGACGAACCUGGCCAGCAUGGGGAGGUAUUCUCAAUGAAAAUCAGUACUAUGAGCGUUAUGCACGACUGGAUCAGAUGGAGCACGCAGAUGAGUCGAAGAUGAUUACAUGGGUGCUUGCACCAAGGCAUGAUCCAACUACGAUAGACUUCAAGUGCUCAUGCGAGACCUAUCGUCGCAAAGGUCUGGUCAAGUAUCCCGGCGAGAACGAAGCCCGGGAGGCUCUCUAUUAUGGCAUUGCAGCUGUCUACGUUCCGCCCUCAAAUAGAGGCAAGAAGUAUGGCUUGCAUAUGAUGCGCCUGCUGCACUGGGUGCUUGCCCCCCACGCAAAUCUGCCCCAGUUUCCCAAAGAAUGGGGUGCUCCUCCCGAGGCACAACAAUCAAGCGGGGCGUUAUUCUCCAUCCUCUUUACGUCAAUCGGGGAAGGAUUUUAUAGAGCAUCGGGACCGGGAGGGAAGAAGGACGGAGGUUGGGAGGCCAGAAGUGUAAUCUCAGUGACUUGGGAAGUUCCAGAAAUACCCAUCGAAAAGGCUGAGGACCCUGCGCGUUGGGUUUGGUUGCAUCAUGAGGAUAUGAAUGAAUUCUGGUCGAAGGACGUCCAGUUCAUCAAGAAUUCAUUGGCUACUGCCACAGAAGUGGGCUUCAUGCCGCAUACAAAGAACCCUGUGGCAAUCGUUGCGCCCUUACCAGAUGGUGGUGUCGGCUCAUUUCACAUCACAAGAAAAUUGUGGGGAGCAGAGAAGGCGAUAAACAUGCACCAGUGGGGGGUGAAGCUACUAGAUGACGAGCGUUCCGACUGUCCGACGUAUGCGACCUGGUCGGUCGAUGUUCAGCGUCCCGGGUCUCCGAGUCUGGUUAUUACGAGGAUCUGCGCGAUGGAGGAAACGUUCCCGGCUCUCCUUGCCAAACUACAAGAGGUCGCUCGGAAAAGCAAAAUAUUUGACAUCGAGAUCUGGGGUUUGCCCAGGGGGCUGGAGCGGGUGGCUGUAUCGACGGGUGGACGGCACUUUGAAGGAAAACAAGGGCUUUUAUUACCGUGCAUCAAGUGGUACGGGGAUGGGGGUACUGCAGAUAUUGAGUGGAGAUUCAUCGAGAAAUUUUGUUUGAGUUGUUGAGGUUAUGAUCAGCAAACAUGGUCUACAAAGUCCUUGUGAUAUAUUUUCUGGUGGAAUGCGACUGAGUCCCAUAUGUACAAGUGAUCAUGGCAACAUUAACGCGAUGCUGCAGGUACAUGAUGAUGCAAUGGC